AUGAACUUGUCAGAUAUUAAAAGAUCAUCCAGUGUAGGCAAAUCAAUUAACACUCAGUCAACGUACUCUUCAAAAGGCUCAAAUAAAUUUACUUACUUUACUGAAACAAAGAGCAAAAAAAUUGAUAAAUCGAUUAAUGUUCCUUUAAACAGUUGGAGAGAGUUGUCCUUAUUCGAAUUGGUUGAUGAAGCAAUAAUUUUGUUAAAAGAAAACAAAUCCGCAAUUAAUGAUUAAUAAAAAUUUAAGAGAUUGAUUACGCAAUACCAAAACUUCAAAUAAACUAAUCAAAUAAAGCAAAUGCUAUUCUAAUAAAGAUCUAGAAUAAUUAAAACUAAUAUAGAAAAUAUAAUAUUGUCAUAAAACGACUUUUAAAAUUAUUUAUAAGGAGUAUAAAAAUGA